CCCUAAAAAAUGGGCGGAACCUUCCCGCGUGGUGCACCGACGUGGGGAAAGGUUUGGGUGCUGCACCUCCGGGUGUUCAUGCUUCUAGCGGUCCGCCCACUGCUGCCGCUAGGGUCGCAGAGGUGAGGCUAAGGAAGUGGGAAUAGCAACUGGGAAGCCAUGGACGUGCUAGCUGAGGAGUUCGGCAACUUGACUCCGGAGCAAGUGGCCGCUCCCAUUCCCACAGUAGAGGAAAAAUGGAGGCUGCUUCCAGCAUUUCUAAAGGUGAAAGGACUUGUGAAGCAGCACAUUGAUUCCUUCAACUAUUUCAUCAACGUAGAGAUAAAGAAGAUUAUGAAAGCCAACGAGAAAGUCACAAGUGAUGCUGACCCCAUGUGGUACCUAAAAUAUCUUAAUAUCUAUGUGGGCCUCCCUGAUGUUGAAGAAAGCUUUAAUGUGACAAGGCCCGUGUCUCCCCAUGAGUGCCGUUUGCGAGACAUGACAUACUCAGCUCCCAUUACAGUGGAUAUCGAGUAUACCCGGGGCAGCCAGAGGAUUAUUCGGAAUGCUUUGCCCAUCGGCAGAAUGCCCAUUAUGCUUCGUAGCUCAAACUGUGUCCUUACAGGGAAGACUCCGGCUGAGUUUGCCAAACUCAAUGAAUGCCCCUUAGAUCCUGGUGGUUACUUCAUUGUCAAAGGAGUAGAGAAGGUUAUUCUCAUUCAAGAGCAGUUAUCAAAAAACAGAAUCAUUGUGGAAGCUGACAGAAAAGGGACUGUUGGAGCCUCGGUUACCAGUUCAACUCAUGAGAAGAAAAGUAGAACCAACAUUGCUGUGAAGCAGGGGCGAUUUUACCUGAGGCACAACACUUUGUCAGAAGACAUUCCCAUCGUGAUCAUCUUUAAGGCCAUGGGUGUUGAGAGUGACCAAGAAAUCGUGCAGAUGAUUGGCACUGAGGAGCACGUGAUGGCCGCAUUUGGGCCCAGUUUGGAAGAGUGCCAGAAAGCUCAGAUUUUCACACAGAUGCAGGCCUUGAAAUAUAUAGGAAACAAAGUAAGAAGACAAAGGAUGUGGGGAGGUGGACCAAAGAAAACAAAGAUGGAAGAGGCAAGAGAACUGUUGGCUUCAACCAUUCUCACCCAUGUUCCAGUAAAGGAAUUCAAUUUCCGUGCAAAGUGUAUCUACACUGCAGUGAUGGUACGCAGGGUGAUUUUGGCCCAAGGAGAUAAUAAAGUUGAUGACCGAGACUACUAUGGAAACAAGCGUUUGGAAUUGGCAGGACAACUUCUGUCCCUUCUCUUUGAAGACUUGUUCAAAAAAUUUAAUUCUGAAAUGAAGAAGAUUGCUGACCAAGUGAUUCCAAAGCAGAGGGCUGCCCAGUUUGAUGUGGUAAAGCAUAUGCGCCAGGAUCAGAUCACCAAUGGCAUGGUCAAUGCCAUCUCCACGGGAAAUUGGUCCCUAAAGAGAUUCAAGAUGGACCGUCAGGGAGUGACCCAGGUGCUCUCUCGCCUCUCCUAUAUAUCUGCUCUGGGCAUGAUGACAAGAAUCUCAUCACAGUUUGAGAAGACCAGGAAAGUGAGCGGUCCUCGGUCCCUCCAGCCAUCUCAGUGGGGAAUGCUCUGUCCCUCUGACACUCCUGAAGGGGAGGCUUGUGGUCUGGUUAAAAACCUGGCUCUGAUGACACAUAUUACAACUGACAUGGAAGAUGGGCCCAUUGUUAAACUGGCCAGUAACCUGGGAGUAGAGGACGUUAACCUCCUCUGUGGAGAAGAGCUAUCUUACCCAAAUGUGUUCCUUGUCUUCCUCAAUGGCAACAUUCUGGGUGUCAUUCGAGAUCAUAAGAAACUAGUGAAUACAUUUCGACUUAUGCGCCGAGCUGGUUACAUCAAUGAAUUUGUCUCAAUCUCAACAAACCUCACUGAUAGAUGCGUCUACAUUUCAUCUGAUGGGGGAAGGUUGUGCAGGCCAUACAUAAUUGUGAAGAAGCAAAAGCCUGCUGUUACAGAAAAGCACAUGGAUGAGCUGGCCCAGGGAUAUAGAAAUUUUGAAGAUUUUCUACAUGAGAGCCUGGUUGAGUAUUUGGAUGUGAAUGAAGAAAAUGAUUGUAACAUUGCAUUGUAUGAACAUACAAUUAACAAAGAUACCACCCACUUGGAGAUUGAACCUUUCACACUUCUUGGUGUAUGUGCUGGACUUAUUCCAUACCCUCACCAUAAUCAAUCCCCCAGGAAUACUUACCAGUGUGCUAUGGGGAAACAAGCCAUGGGUACCAUUGGAUACAAUCAACGGAACAGAAUUGAUACUCUCAUGUACUUGCUGGCUUACCCACAGAAACCGAUGGUUAAAACAAAAACCAUUGAGCUGAUAGAAUUUGAGAAACUCCCAGCUGGGCAGAAUGCUACGGUUGCUGUGAUGAGCUACAGUGGCUAUGAUAUUGAAGAUGCUUUAGUCCUGAACAAAGCCUCCUUGGACAGAGGCUUUGGGCGAUGCCUUGUGUAUAAAAAUGCUAAAUGUACUUUGAAGCGGUAUACCAACCAAACCUUCGAUAAAGUGAUGGGGCCAAUGUUGGAUGCAGCGACCAGGAAGCCCAUCUGGCGUCAUGAGAUCUUGGAUGCUGAUGGCAUAUGUUCUCCAGGUGAGAAAGUUGAGAACAAACAAGUGCUCGUGAACAAGUCCAUGCCCACAGUCACUCAGAUCCCCUUGGAGGGGAGCAGUGUGCCUCAGCAGCCCCAGUACAAAGAUGUCCCAAUCACCUACAAAGGUGCUACAGAUUCCUAUAUUGAAAAAGUAAUGAUAUCCUCAAAUGCAGAGGAUGCCUUUCUCAUCAAAAUGCUCUUAAGACAGACUAGACGUCCAGAAAUUGGAGACAAAUUCAGUAGUCGCCAUGGGCAAAAAGGUGUUUGUGGGUUGAUCGUCCCUCAAGAAGACAUGCCAUUUUGUGAUUCCGGAAUCUGCCCUGACAUCAUCAUGAACCCUCAUGGUUUCCCAUCACGUAUGACGGUGGGAAAACUGAUUGAAUUGUUGGCCGGGAAGGCUGGGGUGCUUGAUGGCAAAUUUCACUAUGGGACAGCUUUCGGAGGCAGCAAAGUUAAGGAUGUGUGUGAAGAUCUUGUUCGUCAUGGCUAUAACUACUUAGGAAAAGAUUACGUCACAUCUGGCAUCACUGGGGAACCUCUGGAAGCCUAUAUUUACUUUGGACCUGUCUACUAUCAGAAACUGAAGCAUAUGGUACUAGAUAAGAUGCAUGCCAGAGCACGGGGUCCACGCGCCGUACUUACCAGACAACCCACAGAGGGGCGAUCCCGUGAUGGUGGUUUGCGUCUUGGAGAAAUGGAACGUGACUGCCUGAUCGGUUAUGGAGCCAGCAUGCUUUUGCUAGAGAGAUUAAUGAUUUCAAGUGAUGCCUUUGAGGUAGAUGUCUGUGGGCAGUGUGGACUUCUGGGAUAUUCUGGCUGGUGCCAUUACUGUAAAUCUUCAUGUCAUGUGUCUUCCUUGCGAAUUCCGUAUGCCUGCAAACUGCUCUUCCAAGAGCUACAGUCGAUGAACAUCAUCCCCCGGCUAAAACUGUCCAAGUACAAUGAGUGAAAAUGUAGGUAAAACGUGUUUGCUUUUAAAAACAACAUUCCUGUCCAUUGCACCGGAGGGACAUGGAUAAAAACAGCACCAUUUAGAAGAACUGGGAAUCCUGAUAAUUCUUGGGGCUCUUUCACCCUCUAAUUUUUGAAGCCAAUGGGAGUUUUUUCUGAACAGUAGAAGAUAAGAGAAAUAUUCUCAAAUUUGCUCAAACACUUUAGUAUUUGAUUUUUUAAAACACUGAAGUGACAUGAUAGAUCAAUAAAGAUUUCUUUAUAUUACCGAGACGUGGAGUUUGCUUAUUAGAAGACACCACUAUUGAGAGAAGAGCGGGAGAAUGGCCGGAGCUAACUUGGUGUGAUUUGUUUUGGCAUCAAACCAAAAGUGGAAGCUGUGAAUUACCCUAUUUGGGAUAGUUUAGUUUGUCUUUUUCUGUAUCAAAGGAAUAGAAGAUGACUGUGUAACCCUUACACAGACACUGACCAAAUAUACUCAAUACUUCUUUCAUCCAACAUCAAUCAAAGGAAGAUCUUUUUGCACGUAAGUGAAAGCAAAUGCUUCAAGUAUCAAAUCCUUUUUUGUAACAAUAUUACCUUUCUAAAGCGUAUUACCCAUUCCCCUCCCUUCUUAAGCAGUAUCUGACCUCUUCUUCCCGAUCUGUGAUGUAAAUAACACCAGAGCCAUGCAUCAGUCCUUUCAUUGCGCUUUCCAUCAGUUUCCCUGGCACUGUCUCCUCAGUAGAGGAGAUCUUAGCAGUGGAAAGAAAACCUCUUCCAUCUCAUCUUCCAAGAGAAGCCUGUCAAAAUGGUAGAAAGAUUGGGUAGAGGCCGAAAAUGAUUUAUGUGAAGUGGGAUGGGAGGCCAAAGAACAAGGCAAAUCCUCCAUGGAGCAGUUUACUCCGAAGCAGAAGUGUGAAGCAGAGGAAGGGAGACUUAAUUAAGCCCCUCUUUACAAAUGAGGAAAGUGAGAUAGAGCUCAUCUUACUUCUCAUAGGUACAGAGCCAGGAUUUGAACCCACUCCUCCCCUCCUCCAAAUCCGGCACACUCAGCCUGACACUGAGUGCCAUGCUGCCUUGUUGGACCCUGGUUUCAGCACAGAUACAGGGGAAGUUUCCCUGGGAAAACUGGUGUUUUGAAAACCAGGACAAAGAGAAAUGUCAGGGUUUGGAGGAAGCCGCUUUUGCAAAGAUGGUAAGGAAAAUGGUAGGUUGUGGAGAGAAAUGUUUGCCUGGAGCAGCCGGCCAUUCCCUUCUGACAUCAAAGCAAAACCUGUUCUCAGCCACUGGGGCCGGUGGAACAGCUUCAUGGAGCCAACAGAACCAGCCUUCAAAAUGCUUCCAUGUGGCCGAAGUCAAGGAAUGAAUAAAAAGGGCCUGAUUGGGUGCUACAUCACGGAAUCGUUUUCAGCUGUUUCAGAGUUUUUGGGGGCCCAACGCCUUUAUCUUCGGUAAUGAGUCACACUUAGGGUGAUACGUAUUAGAGGCGCUGGAUGGGUCCUUCCAUUUCUGGGCCAUCUGAGUAACAGAGAAGCCCAUUUUUGAGAGACCUAUAAAUAAUUCAGUUGUGGAAUUGAUGGUCAGAAAAGUGACUGUAAAAGUCGCACCUCUUUUACCAUCCAUAUUUACUCCAUAUGUGGCUGGUGAACAGUUGGUUUCGUUUGCUGACCAAAAGUAGGUUUUUAUUGCCUUGGGCCUCACUGGUGGGGAAAAUGAGCUGGGACCUAAGGAAGCAGCUUGAAGAAAGCAAGCGUUGAUUCGAGGCAGUAUAUUGUUAGUGACGGAAGCCAAGCUUCUAAUUUGGGUUUCAGGUACAAACCCCAGACGGCAAUUAGAAGAAUAGCACUUUUGCAAGUUAACUCUAAUAUGAUCAGGAUGUCAUAGAAGAAUUGAAUCCAGACCAAUCUGAAAUUCUCAUUUAACUCCUAGUUUUAAAACCCCAAGGCCAAGGACAGGAGAGUUGAAGUGUUUUAAAAUCCGGUGCAGAGGCAGCUGGGUGGCUCAAUGGAUAGAGACUCAGGCCUGGGUUCAAAUGUGAUCUGAGACACUUCCUAGCUGUGUGGCUCUGGAUAAGUCACUUAUCCAGGGGCAAUUGUCGUUGGUUCAUUAUCAUGCCCACUUUCUAAUUUAGUUAUCCUAUCUGUUACACAUCUCAUUUUUUUCUUCAUUUCCUCCAUGUCAUCAUUGCCCAGCUCUUACCACUCUUCUGCCUUGGAACCAAUACUUAAUAUUGAUUCUAAGAAGAAUGGUAGGGUUCUAAGAAAAAAUCCAGUGCAGUACCUUGAGGGAAACGUGAUCUUGUUUAUGCGUACACCAUCCAUUGGUAUAGAAAGCUGCCCAUCCAAUCUCAUACUGUACAAUUCUGAUUGGUCUCUUCCCUCAAAUGCUCAGGGGUCCUCCUCUCGGUCAUUUAGCAUCUCGUGAGCGUGAAGAGUUCCACCUUCCACAAGAAGUCUCUCUCAAUCCCUCUUGAUUCCCAUGCCUUACUUUGUUGUUUAUUUCCAGUUUAUCCUAGGUCUUUGUUUAUUAUUACUUGCAUGCAGUCUCCCCUGUUAGAUUGUGAGCUCCUUGACGAUAGGCUUUAUCUUUUGCGCCUUGCACCGUAGGUACUUAAUAAAUUUUUUAAAAUGAUAUUGGAGACAGAAGCUAAGUAUAGACCAAUAGAAGGUCAAAAUAGAUGUGAUUUAGAUUUAAAGAGUCACACCAUAACCAAUUUAGGGGAACACAGAAAAGUUUGCCUGGCAGAUAUUUGGAGAAGGGAAAAAUUUAUGAUCAAACAAGAGAUAAAGAAUAUCAUAAGAUGUAAAAUGAAUUUUGAUUAUAUAAAAUUAAAAAGCUUUCGUACAAGCAAAACUAAUGUAACCAAGAUAAGAAGAGAAACAACAAUUGGAGAAAAUUUUGUGUUUCUGAUAAUGGUCUAAUUUCUCAGAUUUAUAGAGAACUAAGUCAAAUUUAUAAGAUUAUAUAUAUAAGCCAUUCCCCAAUUGACAAAUGAUCAAGUGAUAUCAACAAGCAAUUUUCAGAAGAACUCAAAGCCAUCAAUAAUCAUAUGAAAAAAUGUUCUAAAUCACUCUUGAUUAGAGAAAUGCAACUUAAAACAACUCUGAGGUACCACCCCAUACCUAUCAGAUUGGCCAAUAUGGCAGUGAAGGAAAAUGAUAAUGUUGGAGGGGAUGUGGCAGCAUUGGGGAACUAAUGCCUUGUUGGUGGAAUUGUGAACUGAUCCAGCCAUUCUGGAGGGCAAUUUGGAAUUAUGUCCAAAGGCCUAUAAAACUGUUCAUACUCUUUGAUCUGGUAGAGGUAACAAAAAAAAAAAAAGGGAAAAGGACCUACUUGUACAAAAAUAUUUAUAGCAGCUCUUUUUGUAGUAGCAAAGAAGUAGAAAUUGAGGGGAUGUCCUUCAGUUGGGGAAUGGCUGAGCAAAUUGUACAUGCUGGUGAUAGAAUGCUAUUGUACUCUAAGAAAUGAUAAGCAAGAUGAUUUCAGAAAAAGCUGAAAAGAUCUGUGGGAACUGGUGCAGAGCAGAAUAAGCAGAACUGGGAGAACUUUGUACACAAUAACAGCAAUAUUGGAUGAUAAUUAUCUGAAAACUUGGCUAUUCUCUGCAAUGCAAUGAUCUGGGACCAUCCUGGAAGAUUCUGCCUCCAGAGAAAGAACUGUUGGGGUCGUCUUCCACAUCAGUGUAUCUUUGGUCUUAUUUGGGGGUUUUGGUUGUGUGUGACUUUGCUCUUACAAUGAAUAUGGAAGUGGGUUUUGCAUGACAAUAAAAGUAAAUUUUAAAUAAAA